UUAUAUAGAUUUGAUUGAUAUGCUCAGCAAAGAGCUGUUGCAGGAUGAACUUUAAUUCCGUUUGAGAUAUGCCUCCUCAAAGUGUGGUCUUGAAAAUCCGUUAUCCAUGCAAAGAAGCAGAGAGGAAUGCGAGAAUGCGUCUGACAUUUGAGAGUUGGCCGCAAAUCAAUGUAGAAAAAUAAUGGCCAAAGAUUCAAGAAAAGCUCCAGAAGCUGAGACAAAGAGAGAAUUUGGAGGACUAUACCGUCCAUUACUACAGCCCUUCUGAGCACCUGGAGUUGAGGGAUUCCAGUCUGGCAGACUUGCCGCAGUGGGUCGAUCCGAAUUCGCAAGAAGUCUCUGUGCCGCUGCGUUUUGUUCCGCCCAUUUUGCUGGAUGGCGCGGAUGGUGCGACUGCUUACGAUCUAUGUCGUUGUUUGGGUCGUGGAGGAUUUGGAGUGGUGUUUGAAGUCAGAGACCGAGUGACAAACACCCGCCUUGCACUGAAGAUGUCUUUGCCUCAUGAGAAGUCACGGCGAAGUAUGGAGAACGAAAUUGAGACUCUUCUUGGGCUGGACCACCCAAACAUCAUUCGACCUUUGGGCAAAGGUCAUGUAUUGGACGCUGAGCAUGGCCGCCUCCCUGCUUUCCUGAUGGAGUUGGGAAAGUAUUCCGUCGCGGCAUUGGAGACUGAACGCUACAAAAAAGCUGCUGCCAAAGCUGUGGUGAAGCAGGUGGCACCCGCCCUACUUUAUCUGUAUGACAAAGGUUUUGGGCAUAUGGACUUGACUCCUUCCAACAUUCUCGUGACCAAGGAGAGUGACUGCGGCGGCGAACUGCAGUUGGAAGUCAAACUGAUUGAUGCAGGUGGUGCUGGAGAGCUUGGAAAACAUGUUGUAACCCAAAAUACCAAGGAUUAUUCAAACCCUGUUUUGUUUCAGCACAAAGUGCAGCUUGAGGAUAGAAGUUCACACUGCUCCCAGCCUCCGAUAAGCUCCUGUCAAGACUUGUACAGUCUCAUCAAAACAGUGCGUGAACUCGCAGGUUCGCAUUUCAUCACGGUCCUGAACUUGUUGGACGACUUGAGCAGAGCCAAGAGAUUUGGAGACAACGAAGAUGCAGUCCUUGAGGGUGUGGAGUUCCAGCCGCAACAAGCACAGUUUCGAACAAUUUUCAGUCUGCGCAGAAAAGCGUUCAAAGUGGACACGGGACCUAGUACCCUGCAUCUGAGCAGCGAGUUUUUGCGAAACAAACUGGAUGAAACAGAAGGCGAGCUCAUCAUGAGCCAGGAGGCUUCAGGCAGUCAGGACAUUUUUCUGAAAUUUGCGUUGUUAGAGUUGAUGGCAAAGAAGAGAUUUUGGCCUGAGCAGUGGGAAGAUUUAGAGUUUGUUCUUGAAGCAGUGAAAGAGCAUGGGUGUGCUCUGAUGUUUGCAUCUGGGCAGCUUCGAAAUGACCGGCAGUUCGUAACGGAAGCUGUGCGGCAAAGAGGCUCAGCCCUUCAGUUUGUCUCAAAGGAUCUGCAGAGCGACAGGGAAAUUGUGUUGGAGGCAGUGCGACAGGACGGCACUGCGCUGCAGUUUGCUGCAAAGAACUUGCAUAGAGAUGGUGCUAUCGUGUGGGCAGCAGUUCAGCAAAAUGGUUCUGCACUUCAGUUUGCUUUUGAGGACUUGCAAAGUAACAGGAAGCUGGUGCAGGAAGCAGUUCGCAAGUCUGGCCGUGCCAUGCAGUUUGCCUCAAACAAAUUACAAAAUGACAGGCUGCUUGUGCUAGAAGCCGUUAGACAGAAUGGCUCUGCCCUACAGUUUGCUUCAAAGGUUUUGCAAAGUGACAGCUUGGUUGUGGAGACAGCAGUUCGCAGUUUCAACCCAUCGGUGCUUGAGUUUGCUUCAGACUUCAUGAGGCAAGUGGUGAAGCUGAAUGGUAAUGCCUUUGAAUUUGCCUCUGAGGCCCUGAAAGAAGAUCCCGAGGCUGUCUUGGAUGCAGUCAAUGAGCAUUACGCUACUUUGAGGUUUGCUUCGAAGGAUUUGCGAGAGGACAGGGACUUCAUCCUGGAAGCUGUUCGGUGGAACGGCUUUGCCCUUCGAUUUGCUUCACCAGAAAUUCAAAAUGAUAAAGAGGUGGUUCUGCGAGCGAUCGAGCAGCGAUUGCAGCAUGGUGACUCUAGUGAUCUAAGUGUCCUUGAUUUUGCCGGCGAAGAUGUGAGAAAUGACAGGGACGUAGUAUUGCAAGCACUUGAAGUCAAUGCCAGAGCCUUUCGGUUUGCACCACAGAACUUGCAAGGAGACAAAGAGGUUGCGCUCAAAGCCAUUCGUCAGCAAGGCUCGAUGCUGGAAUUGGCUUCUGAGAGCUUGCGGAGUGACAGGGAGGUGGUGCUAGAAGCCGUUCGACGCUAUGGCUCCGCUCUUCAGUUUGCUUCAGAGACCUUGCGGAGUGACAAGGAGGUGGUGCUGCAAGCACUUCGAGGCCAUGGCCACGCUCUUCAGUUUGCUUCAGUAGAUUUGAAAGCUGACAGGGAGGUUGUGCUGCAAGCAAUUCAACAUCAGCAGCCCUUGCGGCAUGCAGAAGGGGGAAAUGAGCGCUGGUGGCAUGCAGAAAGGGGCAAUGAUGUGCUUCAGUUUGCCUCACAAGACUUGCAAGGUGAUACGGAGCUUGUUCUGCAAGCAGCUGUACGAAACAUCACCGUGCUUACAUUUGCACCAGUGAAAUUGCUCGGUAACAAAGAGUUUAUGCUGCGAGUGGCUCGAAGCUGUUUCUUCUACAAGGUUUUCCACGGUGACCGGCAUGAGUUUUUUUCCCGUGGACGAUUUUCUGAUCGAUACGACCCAGCGUGGAACCAUAGAGGGUUUGAACAUCUCUUGAUGGAACAGCUGCAGGGAUUCCAAGGUGCUUUCGAUUUGCUUCGCCAUUUUCUUCAAUAUGCGUCGAGGGAUCUUCAAGAUGACAGGGAUUUCAUCCAGCGAGCAGCUGACAUUGCCAAGCAUUUUGCCACGACCGACUCGUGGCAUGAUGAACUGGAUCUAGUGCUGAAGGCAGUGCGCCCUGGUUUGCUUCUUGAAUUUGCGCCACAGAAAUGGCAAAACCACCAGGGGGUCGUGCUGGAAGCAGUUCGACAGAAUGGCUUUGCUCUUCAGUUUGCUUCAGAGGAUUUGAAGGCGGACAAGUUGAUCGUGCAUCAUGCAUAUCAGCAGAAUCGUGAUUCUUUGGAGUUUGCUUCAGCGGAAUUGCGUAGGACUUCGAAGAGACAACCAUGUGAGAUUUUGUAGCGUAAUUGUUUUUGCCAGGUUUCACAUAGUUUCACGAUGUUUCACAUUAGUGAUUAGAUUAGACCGGAGAGUUGACAAA